AUGAAUGGCAUAAAAAUGUCACUCGUCUCUCCAAAAUGGCAUUCCGCUAAUAUAAAUUUGGGAAAGAAUGUAAAAUCAUUGGGACCCUUGACAUUUUCUCGAUUUAUGAGUCAACAACCGAUUAGAAUGUUAGACAUCCCCUUUAUGCAAUGUUAUGUGGAACCAAAAGACAAUUAUUCUCUGAUGACACACCCUAUUAAAAAAGUUCGGCAAUGGUGGAGAUCUCUUCGUUAUAGAAAUAUAAAUAUUUAUAAGAGUCGUUAUUAUUUACGCCGGAAUUUUCCCAGUCGCACAUUUACUAUGAAAUCAAUAAUCGGGGAGGCCGUUCGUCUACACUCUUCUGUCAACAGUGCUUUAGCUAGCCAUGAUAGUCAGGUCUUAGAAAAUAACUGCACCAUUCGUGCUGCCCAACUUCUACGAAAACAAUCAAAGCAAUUACCUAAAUGUCAAUGGAAAAUUGAAAAAUACCUGAGCCCUCCGAAAUUACUGAACAUAACCUGUGCGCAAGCGGAUAUGCAAGGAAACGAAUGUUUCAUUCAAGCUGUUGUUCGAUUACACACUCUUCAAUCCGUAAGCCUUGAUCAAGCGUCUCCCUCAUCAACACAUUUAAAAGAAGAGAUUGAGAAUGUUGUUAUUCAACAGUGUUCAUGGAUUCCUCCAGUACGCUGGCAAUUCUGGGGUCUAGUUUCUUCCACACCUGAAACAGCUGUGAAAAAGAAACUUCCUGAUGGACAAACCGCCUUUAUCGAGCCGAAAGCAUAA